AUACAAUCCGGAUCUCUGCCCCAACAUGAUCGCGGCCCAGGCCAAGCUGGUGUAUCAUCUGAAUAAAUACUACAACGAGAAAUGCCAAGCCAGGAAAGCUGCCAUCGCCAAAACGAUCCGAGAAGUCUGCAAAGUGGUGUCGGACGUGCUGAAGGAGGUGGAGGUGCAGGAGCCUCGCUUCAUCAGUUCCUUGAACGAGAUGGACAAUCGCUACGAGGGGUUGGAAGUUAUCUCCCCCACGGAGUUCGAAGUCGUGCUGUAUCUGAACCAAAUGGGGGUUUUCAACUUCGUGGACGACGGCUCCUUGCCGGGCUGCGCUGUGUUAAAGUUAAGCGACGGGCGCAAGAGGAGUAUGUCCCUCUGGGUGGAGUUCAUCACGGCGUCUGGCUACCUCUCCGCUCGCAAAAUCCGGUCCAGAUUUCAGACUCUGGUGGCUCAAGCCGUGGAUAAGUGCAGUUACAGAGACGUGGUAAAGAUGGUGGCGGACACUAGCGAAGUGAAGCUGAGAAUCAGGGACAGGUACGUCGUGCAGAUCACUCCGGCGUUCAAAUGCACGGGGAUCUGGCCGCGGAGUGCUGCCCACUGGCCGCUUCCCCACAUCCCCUGGCCGGGACCCAACAGGGUGGCGGAGGUCAAGGCGGAAGGCUUCAACCUCUUAUCCAAGGAGUGCCACUCUCUGGCCGGCAAGCAGAGCUCGGCCGAGAGCGAUGCCUGGGUGCUGCAGUUCGCGGAAGCCGAGAACAGACUGCAGAUGGGCGGCUGCAGGAAGAAAUGCCUCUCUAUCCUCAAAACCUUACGGGACCGGCACCUGGAGCUGCCGGGCCAGCCCCUGAAUAAUUAUCACAUGAAGACUCUGGUUUCCUACGAAUGCGAAAAGCAUCCCCGCGAAUCGGACUGGGACGAGUCGUGCCUGGGGGACCGGCUCAACGGGAUUUUACUGCAGCUCAUCUCCUGCCUCCAGUGCAGGAGGUGCCCGCAUUACUUCUUGCCCAACUUAGACCUCUUUCAGGGCAAACCUCACUCGGCCCUGGAAAACGCGGCCAAACAAACGUGGCGACUGGCUAGGGAAAUACUUACCAACCCGAAAAGUUUGGAGAAACUUUAGAGGGUAACUAUAAAACCGGCCUGACCGAUAAAUCUGCUUAUUUCCCGGUGAAGUUUAAGCUGCCUCUUCGAAAAGUCAAAUAUUUCCACUUCACAAUGCAAAUGAU